UCGUCUCUUGCGGCCAAAGCCUGGGCGCCUGGCUGGCUUCCACGCCGCCUGAGCCAGCAAGCAAUUCGACAACCAACUCCUCCCCCAAGCCACAAAAACCCCCCUACCAAAAACCCCAUUCCCCACCUCCCAAUCCUUCGCCGUCGUCGAACGCCAUGAAGGGGCCUGUGCAGAUCACCCUGGCGAGGCCCGAUCCCCCAAGGCAACGUUGGUGGCGGCGCGACGACGACUACGUCGACGACGGCGACGUCGGCGUACUCCGGAUCGGCCGCAACCUGGCCGCCGUCGACACCACCUUCUCCUCGAGCGACGAAGUCACCAAGCGCUGGCUCGCCGAGGCCUCCACCGUCGCCCGCGGCCGCCGCCUCCGCGCGCCCCUCGUCGCGGGCCUCGUCGCGCUGCGCGGCCAUGACCCCUCCGACCGCGCCAGGGGCAGUACCGACUUCAGCCCCAACGACCACGACAACCCGAUCCGCUGCAUCGCGCUCUGCCUCGGCGGCUCCCGCGCCAUCGUCUACAGCCCCGAAGCGUAUGGCUGCCGCGUCCGCAAGGCCAAGUACGACGGCGACCGCCUCAACUUCUACAGCAACAACAUGACCCAGCUCCGCGCGUUCCUGGACGACAAGCGCAUCACCGUCGCCUGCUUCGGCGCGCGGGAGGCCACGAGGAAGCUGGCCAAGGAGUGGGGCUUGCACGUGGCGUUGCCGGAGGAGCUGACGCACCUGUUCGCGCUCGCGUUCGGGAAGGUCGCCGGGGUGGAGACCGAGAAGAAGGCGCUGAAGAAGCCCGACAAGUACUGGAUGGGGAAGGCGGCGCUUGCUAGGGCCAAGGCCAAGGCCGAUCGGGACGACUACGACACCGACGAGGAGGAGGAGGCCACCAAUCUCGGGAAGACGUGGCGGCCGCCCAAGGUGGUGAGCGGCCUGAGCCUGGAGCGCAUGGCGCGGGUGGCGCUCGGGCCGGAGAUGCGUCUGGCGCGCUGCCCGCCGAAGGUGGCGCAGGCGGACUGGGGCAGCUACUACCUGGGCGAGGAGGAGUGGAAGUACGCGACCCGCGACGCAUACCUCUGCUUCGAGAUCGCGGCCUGCUGCCUCCAGAAGCUCGGGGACCCCAUUGGCGUCUGAUCGACGAGAGCCAAGCCGGCCGUCGCGGCGGUUGGUAUGGUGCGCCCCGCCGCCGUUCUGUCUCACUCUCACUAGCGGUCGUGAUCUGAACAUGGCUCUGCUUACGUUCGUUCGUUUUUUCCCUGCUGCGUUUAAUUUCCUCUGUCACGUUAGUUGGUAUGAUCAUCCUCGGUAUCAGUAUGAUGUAGCAAGGGAUCAGUAGGCAGUAGUAGUGGCAUAGUAUGCAAUGCAGAUGCAAAUGCUAGCUUGAUAUGGUAACUAUCAGUUGCAAGUAGUGGUCACUAAGAACCAGUAUGCAGUGAUGAAUGAAACCAUGUGUCGAUGUGCGCAAGUGAUCGAGUGAUAUUUUGGAUCGAAAUGGAUGAAAUGCUUUUGUUAUGUGAUUUAACAAGUCGGAAAUUCAGUAUGUCUCUGCAA